UUCCAGACCCCGGAAGUUAGAUUUGUACUCACUGAGCUGUUUAAAGUUGCAGCAUUACUGAACUUUGAUUCAUAAGGUAACGGUUACAGUAAACUAUUAUCAAGGACAAUUUCCACUACGCAGAGCUUUUAGCAACUGUAUUUUAAUUAGCGUCAUUAAAGUACUGGAGUUAUUUGAAUAUACGCAAAACGGGGCUGGAGUUCCAAGAUCAGUAGUCGACUUCGCGCAGCAGAGAUGUUUAAGAUUAAGAGGAUCUGUUGUAUUGGCGCUGGCUAUGUGGGCGGGCCGACCUGCAGCGUCAUUGCCCACAUGUGUCCGGAGGUCCAUGUGACGGUUGUCGAUGUCAACGAAUCACGGAUCAACGCCUGGAACUCUGACACACUGCCCAUAUACGAGCCCGGGCUACAGGAAGUCGUUGAAUCUUGCAGAGGAAGGAACCUCUACUUCUCCACUGACAUAGACUCUGCCAUCAGAAACGCUGACCUCAUCUUCAUAUCAGUGAACACCCCCACUAAGACCUAUGGGAUGGGAAAAGGCAGAGCAGCCGACCUGAAGUACAUCGAAGCCUGUGCCCGUCGAAUCGUGGAGGUUUCCAAUGGUUACAAGAUUGUCACGGAGAAGAGCACGGUUCCGGUCCGGGCCGCCGAGAGUAUCAGGAGGAUAUUUGACUCCAACACCAAGCCCAACCUCAACCUGCAGGUGCUCUCCAACCCUGAGUUCCUGGCUGAGGGCACGGCGGUGCGAGAUCUGAAGGAGCCAGACCGCGUCCUGAUUGGUGGAGAUGAGACGGCUGAAGGUCAGAGGGCCAUCCAAGCAUUGUGUGACAUCUACGAACACUGGGUUCCCAAGAGCCGUAUCAUCACUACCAACACCUGGUCCUCAGAACUCUCCAAACUGGCAGCCAAUGCGUUCCUGGCCCAGCGUAUCAGCAGUAUCAACAGUAUCAGUGCUCUGUGUGAGGCGACUGGAGCGGAUGUGGAAGAGGUUGCUCUGGCCAUCGGGAUGGACCAGAGGAUAGGAAGCAAGUUCCUCAAGGCCAGUGUGGGUUUUGGGGGCAGUUGCUUUCAAAAGGAUGUGUUGAAUCUGGUGUAUCUGUGUGAAGCUCUGAACCUCCCAGAGGUUGCCUCGUACUGGCAGCAGGUGAUUGAUAUGAAUGAGUAUCAGCGGAGGAGGUUUGCGUGUCGCAUCAUUGACUGUCUGUUUAACACGGUGACGGGGAAGAAGAUCGCUCUGCUGGGGUUCUCCUUUAAGAAGGACACGGGAGAUACAAGGGAGUCUUCCACUAUCUAUAUAUCCAAGUAUCUGAUGGAUGAGGGGGCCCAGCUCCACAUUUACGACCCUAAAGUCCUGAAAGAACAGAUCCUUCUAGAUCUGUCCCAACCACACAUCUCUGAAGACUCUCGCAGAGUGUCUGAUUUGGUGACCGUGUCAGUUGAUCCCUAUGAGGCUUGUCGAGGGUCCCAUGCUGUGGUCAUCUGUACAGAGUGGGACAUGUUCCGGGACCUGGAUUAUGAAAGAAUCUAUGACCAGAUGUUAAAGCCGGCGUUUCUGUUUGAUGGUCGUCGCGUGCUGGAUCAUCUGCACCCCCGCCUUCAGAACAUCGGCUUCCAGGUUGAGACCAUUGGUAAGAAGGUGACGUCGUCACGUAUCCCCUACACCCCCACGGCCGGAGACACUCGAAUCCACAUCAACCCCGAACCCCCGGUCAAGAAGGCCAAAGUCUGACACACAGACACUACUGACACACACACAGACACUACUGUGAUUUGUCCAUAUUUCCAUCCCAUAUAACAGCCCCAACUGAAUAACUGUAUAAAAUGUGAAUCCUGCCAUGACCCGCCCCAAUAACGGAACCCUGCCAUGACCCGCCCCAAUAACGGAACCCUGCCAUGACCCGCCCCAAUAACGGAACCCUGCCAUGACCCGCCCCAAUAACGGAACCAUGCCAUGACCCGCCCCAAUAACGGAACCCUGGCAUGACCCGCCCCAAUAACGGAAUCCUGGCAUGACCCGCCCCAAUAACGGAAUCCUGGCAUGACCCGCCCCAAUAACGGAACCCUGGCAUGCAGGACAGUCCUACAAUGGAUCCAUAGAAGUCCAGACCAAACAGAUCCUGUCUGGCCCAAACUCACCUAAAUCCUAUGCACUGGGGGAGAUAUGAGGAUCUCACAGACCUGGUAAUAGAUUGGCCUGGUGACAUUUGACCACAUUGCUAAUAUUAAUGAAAUCCUCUCAGAUCAACUCGGCUGAAUGGGGUUCACUUAGACAGACCUCAGGUGACACUGUAAAUCGGGAAGGACGGGUUUAUAGUAACGGCUGGAAUGGAAUCAGUGGAAGAAUAUUAAACACAUCACACUUAUUUCCAUGUAUUUUAAUCCCUUCACUCCCUGACAUGACACUGUAAACCGUCCUACCCUUUGCUUACAUACACACCCCUUGCAAUAAGGACCCAGCUCCCAGCCACCUCAUUUGGUCAAAAUGGAUUAUUGACUUAAUGAGGACCAUCAUUAGUUAUGUAUUAAUUUCAAAGCUGCUUAUUGUUAAGGUUUGAACAGUAUUAGUUUUUAAUGUUAACUGUCCUAUCAUGUUAACUCAUGUUUCAGUUUUCCUAUAGUCCGUCAUUUCAUUGGAGCUCGCUCAGAUUUGACACACAUUGGUAAUGACACAUUGGUAAUGAUCCUUUGUGCUGUGUGCUUUUCUAGAUAAACAAAGAAAACAAAAAAUGUAAUUUCCUGCCUUUUAUAAUGAUGAUGUCAUCAACCUGUGUGUGAAUAAAGUGGACCAAUGGAAAAUUAAA